AUGGUAAAUCAAAAAGAAAGCCACAAAUCAAAGAAUACUGAUCAAGAAAAGGAAAAUGCUCCGAACAGAAAACGUAAAUCAUCUGACUCUCAUUCUGGCUCAGCCGCUCAGAAACCCAAGACCAAAUGGACAGCUGAUGGUGAUAACUACCCUUGUAUCUAUAAUGAACUGGGAGCCCCUCGUGUCAUGGUUACAAGUCACAUUGAGAAUCAUCCUACAAAGGACAGUCCAAAGAAAAACCAAACAAGCAAGUAUGCAUUCUUAAAAGGCGAUGAUGACUUUAUAAGACGGAGAAAAAAAGUUCCAGAAGUUUCCAGAAAUAAAUCAGAAAGUUUGUGGAAACGGCUGGAUCUUGGAAACAAAAGUUUGAAGGAAGGAAUAUUAGGACAGAUAUUAAACCGAGGUGUUGUAAUUCUUCGGUUAUCAAGGGCACAGAUCUCAUCACCCAUUUACACAGGGCUUACUAGUGUCUUCAGUUCUACUAAAUUAUCUAAACUUCAAUAUCUCGAUCUGAGCAUGACCUGUGUUUCUGUUCAGGAAUUAUACCAAUCUGCUUCCUUGUUUAUAAUUGCUGCAUUCUCUCUCUCUCUCUCUCUAUCUCCUAUUCUCUUCUCUCUCUCUCUCUCUCUCCUAUUCUCUUCUCUCUCUCCUAUUCUCUUCUCUCUCUCUCUCCUCUUCUCUCUCUCUCUCUCUCUUCUCUUCUCUCUCUCUCUCUCCUAUUCUCUCUCUCUCUCUCUCUCUCCUAUUCUCUUCUCUCUCUCUCUCUCUCCUAUACUCUCUUCUCUCUCCUAUACUCUCUUCUCUCUCCUAUACUCUCUCUCUCUCUCCUAUUCUCUUCUCUCUCUCCACCAUCCCCACCCCAAAUAUAUUUUUUUUCCCCCCUUUUGA